AUGGCCGUCGAUAUGAGCCGCUGUGCUGCUCCACCUCCCAAUCUCUGCUCCCUCAAGCCUCCUCAGUUAUCGGGUUGCCCCGCCAAGCUAUUCGGAUUCGGGUUCGGAUUCGACAUUCACCUAAAGCACCGCCUCAAGCGGCGCCUCAAGUUCGUCGUCGCUGCGGAGCUCUCCCAGCCUUUCUCCUCUCUCAGCUUCGGCUUCGACUCUCAGGCGUCGCAGCCUCAUGAUCCGUCGCCGAGCCUCGGCCCUGUGCCUGGAGACAUCGCCGAAAUCGAGGCCUACUGUAGAAUCUUCAGAGCCGCGGAACGGCUACACACUGCAUUGAUGGAGGCGUUGUGCAAUCCGGUGACCGGAGUAUGCAGCGUUUAUUACGACUUCCCGUCGGAGGAGAAGCCGCUGCUGGAGGAUAAGAUUGUGGCGGUGAUUGGUUGCAUGGCGUCGCUGUUGAACAAGGCGAGGGAGGAUGUGCUCUCUGGAAGAUCGUCGUUUCGAGUUGUGGAUGUUGGUGUGGUGGUGGAGGAUAAGCUUCCUCCACUGGCUGUGUUCAGGAGUGAGAUGAAGAGGUGUUGCGAGAGCUUGCACGUUGCGCUGGAGGAUUGGCUGAUGCCUGGGGAUGAUCAGAGUGUGGAUGUGUGGAGGAAGCUUCAGAGGUUGAAGAAUGUGUGUUAUGAUUGUGGUUUUGCGCGGAAUGAGGAUGAUCCGUGCAAUAGUCUGUUUGCGAAUUGGGGUCCUGUUUACUUCUCCUCUGAUGAUUCCGAGGUGGCUUUUUGGAGGGGUGGCCAGGUAACAGAAGAGGGCUUGAAGUUGUUACUGGACAAGGGAUUUAAAACUAUUGUUGAUAUUAGAGCAGAGAAUGUGAAAGACAACAUUUUUCAGGGAGCCUUAGAUGAUGCUAUUGCAUCAGGAAAGGUGGAGUUGAUCAGGAUUCCGGUUGAAGUUGGGACUGCUCCUUCAAUGGAGCAGGUUGAGAAAUUUGCGAGUUUGGUUUCAGAUAGCACCAAAAGGCCGAUUUAUCUUCAUAGUAAGGAAGGUCUGUUGAGAGCAUCUGCCAUGGUAUCCAGAUGGAGGCAGCACUUGACUCGGCGUGCUGUCUCCAAGCAGUCGGUUUCUCUAAAUGGAGAAGUUGGAAAACCCUCAACUACGGAGAAAAAUGCCCUCCUUGAAAAGACAAUGCAUGGUUCAAAUGGUGUACUACAAAAAAAUGAUUCUGUAGAGAGCGAUGAAGCAAAUCUGAAUGGGACCUGCAAUGGCCUUAUAUCUAUCCAAGGUAUGAAAUCAGUUGAAUCAGAUGAAAGUGAGGAAAAACCUUUGGUGAACUUUAGCAGGGAAGUUGACCCCCUAAAUGCUCAGGUUCCUCCUUGUAAUGUCUUCUCAAGAAAAGAAAUGUCCAGGUUCCUUGCAAGAAAAAAUAUUGCGCCUCUCACUUAUUUUAAUUAUCAGUUAAAUAGGUUGGAGGUAUUACCAAUUUCCAGAUAUAUGAAUACUAAGAUAAUGUGGAGAGGUGAGAUUGUUGGUAUAGAUCCAGUGCGGGAGGUUGUGGAGGCAGAAAAUUCCAAUGGGAUACCUGAUGCAAAACAUCUGCUUCCAGAGUCCCAGAUCUCUGCUUCUGGUAAUGGGGUGUAUUUGACCAGUGCUGGUAAUGGUUCUGCAACUGCAGUCGUAAAUGAAUUUGGUGAAGGGGAGAACUGUUCCUUGUUAACCACUAAUUCAUCUACUAAUGUGAGCAACACUCAUUCUGAGAGUGUCUUAUCUAAAGUAGUGAAGGAGGUUAGGAAGAGUAAUGGUCAAGCCCCUUUAGUUUCAAGUGAUGAUGAAUUGGGAUCAAUUGAAGGGGAUAUGUGUGCUUCUGCAACUGGUGUAGUAAGGGUGCAGUCAAGAAAGAAAGCAGAGAUGUUUUUAGUACGAACAGAUGGAUUCUCUUGUACCCGAGAAAAAGUGACAGAAUCCUCCCUGGCCUUCACUCAUCCAAGUACUCAGCAACAAAUGCUUAUGUGGAAAUCUACACCAAAGACAGUAUUAGUGUUAAAAAAGCUUGGGCACGAGCUCAUGGAACAAGCUAAAGAGGUUGUCUCCUUCUUGUAUUACAAAGAGAAAAUGAAUGUUCUGGUGGAACCCGAUGUGCAUGAUGUAUUUGCUAGGAUCCCAGGUUUUGGAUUUGUUCAGACAUUCUACACCCAAGAUACUGGUGAUCUUCAUGAGAGGGUUGAUUUUGUGGCUUGUCUGGGAGGGGAUGGGGUAAUACUCCAUGCUUCAAAUCUAUUCAAAGGUGCUGUCCCCCCCAUCGUGUCAUUUAAUCUCGGAUCUCUUGGAUUUUUGACUUCCCAUACUUUUGAUGACUACAGGCAGGACUUAAGGCAGGUCAUCCAUGGAAAUAACACACGUGAUGGUGUUUAUAUAACUCUCAGAAUGCGUCUCAGGUGUGAAAUAUUUCGAAAUGGUAAUGCGAUGCCUGGAAAGGUGUUUGAUGUUUUGAAUGAAAUAGUUGUUGAUCGAGGUUCGAAUCCGUACCUUUCGAAGAUCGAAUGUUAUGAACGCGACCAGCUUAUAACCAAGGUCCAAGGUGAUGGUGUCAUUGUAGCCACACCUACAGGAAGUACUGCUUAUUCUACAGCUGCAGGAGGUUCCAUGGUGCAUCCAAAUGUUCCUUGCAUGUUGUUUACGCCGAUCUGCCCACACUCCCUCUCAUUUAGACCAGUCAUACUUCCAGAUUCUGCAAGCCUUGAAUUAAAGAUUCCAAAGGAUGCUCGAAGCAAUGCCUGGGUUUCUUUUGACGGGAAGAGGAGGCAGCAACUCUCAAGGGGAGACUCUGUUCGAAUAGCUAUGAGCGAACACCCACUUCCAACUGUCAACAAGCGUGACCAAACAGGUGACUGGUUUCGAAGCUUGAUUCGUUGCCUAAAUUGGAAUGAGAGGCUAGAUCAAAAGGCCCUGUGAACCAAGGAGUUUGUGUACUGUUGUAGUCUGUAGACUGUUGUA